AGAAGUUCAUUAAUUUACUGGAUAAAUCUAAUAUUGACACAUGCUUUUCAAGCUUUUAGGUAUUGCCCUUUCCCAACCACACACUGACGAUUCCCCUACCCACAUGUCUCCUUCAACAUUAGCCUUACUUCUUAUCCUCCUCGGAACUCUCUGUUCCUUUAUCUACAUCUCUCGGCCAAAACAACUCAAAAAUGGCCGGAAACAUCCUCCCGGUCCCCGGCCCUUGCCGGUAAUCGGUAACCUCCAUCUGCUAGGAAAGCUUCCACACCUAAAUCUUCACCAUCUAGCCAAAAGAUAUGGCCCCAUCAUGUUAUUAAGGCUAGGCUAUGUACCUACAAUCGUGGUAUCAUCACCUCAAGCCGCCGAACUAUUCCUCAAGACCCAUGACGUUGUUUUUGCAAGCAGGCCCAAAGUCCAAGCCUCUGAAUACUUGUCUUACGGUGGGAAAGGCAUGGGUUUCACCGAGUACGGUUCCUACUGGCGAACUGUUCGGAAAUGGUGUACUCUACACCUUCUCAGUGGUUCGAAAGUUGAAUACUUUGCCCCAUUAAGGAAGGCGGAGCUGGGGUCGAUGGUUGAAACGGUAAAGAAGGCAGCGGCAGCAGGUGAGACGGUGGACAUUAGCCGAAAGGUAGGUGAGCUUAUCGAAGACAUCAUGUAUAAGAUGAUUUUUGGGCGCCCCUCCAAUUCUGAGGAUGACAAUAUCAACUUGAAACUGCUGAUUAAAGAGAUCUCGCGCUUAGCGGGAGCUUUCAAUUUGUCGGAUUUCGUACCUUGUCUUGCUCCACUUGACCUUCAGGGAUUAGCACAAAAGCAGAAGAGGAUAAGUAAGAUCCUUGACAAAUUCUUGGAGAAAAUAAUUGAUGAACAUGAGCAAGCAGUUGGGAGUAAUCCUGAGGAGCAAAAACCUCAUAGAAAUUUCGUUCAUGUGAUGGUUUCAUUGUUGAAUAAACCCAUGAAUCCCCAUGAUGAAGAGCAAGAAUACAUAAUUGAUAGAACAAACAUCAAAGCCAUAAUGCUAGAAAUGAUUGCAGCUGGAUUAGACAGUUCAGCUGCAGCCAUUGAGUGGGCAUUAUCAGAACUCUUAAAGCAUCCUCGAGUGAUGUUUAGCCUUCAACAAGAGUUGGAAACUGUGGUCGGAAGGAGUAGAAUGAUAGAAGAGUCGGAUCUACCACAAUUAACUUAUUUGGAUAUGGUUGUCAAAGAAAGUCUAAGGCUGCAUCCGGUUGGGCCGCUCCUAAUCCCCCAUGAGUCCAUGGAAGAUAUCACGAUUGAUGGAUAUUUUAUACCAAAGAAGUCACGAAUCAUAGUAAAUGCUUGGUCGAUGGGGCGAGACCCUGAUGUAUGGUCAAACAAUGCUGAAGAGUUCUUUCCAGAGAGAUUCAUCGAUAGCAAUAUCGACCUUCGAGGACAAGAUUUCCAACUCAUCCCAUUCGGAUCAGGUCGUAGAGGAUGCCCUGGAAUGCAGUUAGGCCUAAUCACAAUUCGCCUAGUUUUAGCUCAAUUCGUACAUUGCUUUGACUGGGAGUUGCCAGAUGGCAUGUUGCCUGUUGAAUUGGACAUGAGCGAAAAUUUUGGCCUCUCAAUGUCAAGGGCGAAUCCUUUGUUAGUGAAGGCAACUUAUCGUUUACUUGAUAAUAGAAUGUAAACUAAAUAGGAAAAAAAGAAUCUAACUUUUUAAGUUUUUUUUUCCUCAAA